AUGGGCUCUGACUUUUCGGUGAACCCGUUCGGGAUCCCUUCUGACUUCAACGCACCAUCAGUGUAUACCAAUCCAGUAAGUGCAAUUUCGUCAGUUUUGGUCAAAAGCUUGGAUCGGAUUUUCAGCUACAAGACAUUUUCGGAAGCAGACUUAUUUGACGAAGCACUUAAAAAAUGGGCACAGAAAAGCAGCGAAGUGAAUUUGCAGUUGGACGAAUUGCAGUUGAGAUCUGGCGCUGGUCUUGCUCCGUUGGGUUUUGCCAAGGGCGAAAAAUCAGUGUUCGGGAUCAUUAUACCUGGCUACGGUCUCAAUUACUUGGCCAACAGUUUCCAGCGUGAAAAGGAUUACGAUAGCCGGUUUCUUAUUAAUGUGGGUGCUAUCGACUAUGAUGAAAGUUCGGGACAAGUGGUGAAUGAUUUCGUCACACCGCUGAAAACUGCCUCUGCUCUUGGAUUUCCUGUUGUUUCCGCCAUCGCAGUCAACGAAGUCAAGCAAGUCACUCUGUUGGCAUUGGCUUUGGCUAAGUUCGGGGCUCCAUUGGCCGCCGUGAACCUUUUUGACGGUCCAAACUAUGCCAAAUCGGUCUUGCACAUCCAAGAACAACACGACCAGAAUAUCAUCGCCGAGAUGUCCAAGUCGCUGCCAUUGGGGUCUUCCUUUGAUCGCAUUUUGGACAAGUUCAACGAAUUAGCGAGAACUAAACUUCACAACUUUCAGUACUAUGGCAAUGAAGAUGCCAAGACUGUGUUCGUUACUUUCGGCAACAUUGAAUCCGAGCUUUUUGGAGCUUGCUUGUCUGGUACGCAAAGCGAUGUGGGUCUUAUUGCCAUCAGAAUUCCUCUUCCAUUUGACACUGAUAAAUUUGUGGCUAUGAUUCCGAAAUCCGCCAAAAACGUUGUGGUAGUUGGACAAUCCGUCGACGGUAGAUCUCCAACUUAUUUGAAAUCCCAAGUGUCUGCCGCUCUUUUCCUUCACAAGGUAAGAUCGGUCAAGGUAUCGGAAUACCUGUACAUGCCAACAUUUGUUUGGUCGUAUGAAGCCGCGAAACAGGUAGUGUCCUCUUUUGUUCCUGAAUUUCCUGAAGCUAAGGUUGAAGCUGGCCAAAAAGAAUUUGUCUACUGGGCUUCUGACUCAAGUGCCAACCUUGACAUCGCUUCAAGAGUCGCGCAUGCCAUGUCAAUGGUCGACAACCAGCAGGUCUCUUUGAGAACAAAAUUCGAUAACAACGCAAACGGUGGUGUAUUUCAAGCUCAAAUUGCCUCAGGUCCGGAGGUUAAACCUCUGCUGGUACCAAGCGUAGACCACGCAGAUGUAUCUGUUGUCGAAAACAUAUCUAUAUUGAACGCUUUUGAUGUUACCAGCACAUGUCGCGACAACGGUACGGUUUUGAUCUUGAGCGAAAAAUCCAUACAAGGAAAGGAUGUUUCUGAUGCUAAGGUUCUUACUGAAGAGCUCAAAUUGCCUGCUUCUUUCUUGAGGAAAGUCUUGGGCAAAAACAUCAAACUUGUUUUCUUGGAUCUCGAAACUAUUGGUGACAAGGAGGAGACUAAGGGUAGAACGUCAUCUUUCGUAUCACAAGCAGCCUUCUGGAAGUAUUCUUAUGACUUGCCUAUCGCAGAGAGUGUUCGUCGCAUUUGGAGUUCGGCUGGCUCAGAUAUUGAGCUUUUGGCAGCUGUUUUGUCCGAAACUAUCACUUCAGCAUUUGAAGUUGGUCUUCGUGAAGUUUCCUUCGAAGAGCUGGAAAAAUCUGUCACUGCUUUGACUACAGAGGUAUCGGAAGAAGAGCAUUUGCCUUCGCUACCGGUCGAAACUUGCUUUAGACCUAAUCCAAGAAAGGGUGCCGAUUUAGCUCAAGCCGGUACUGUCAGUAUUUCCAGUCUGUCAAAGCAGUUGAGUUUCAAAGAGGCUUUCGCCACUCAAUCCUCAUUGAGACCUGACCUACCUGUCAAAAACUAUGUGGUCAAAGUCAAAGAGAAUAGGCGUGUAACCCCAGCCAAUUACGACAGGUACAUUUUCCACAUUGAGUUUGAUAUCUCCGGCACGGGAUUGACUUAUGGUAUCGGUGAGGCCUUGGGAAUCCACGCUCGUAACAAUGUUGAUCUCGUUCGUGAAUUUUUGACCAGCUAUGGCUUAAAUGAAGAAGACGUUAUUCAGCUUCCAAAUAGAGAUGAUGCUCAAUUAUUAGAGAGCAGAACUGUGCUUCAGGCAUUCACCGAGAACUUGGAUAUUUUCGGAAAACCACCAAAAGCUUUCUAUCAGUCUUUGAUCGACCAUGCAACUAACGAAGAUGAAAAGAAAAGACUAGAAGAUUUGGUUUCGCCCGCAGGUGCUGUCGAUUUGAAAAAGUUCCAGGACGUGGAGUACUACACUUAUGUUGACAUCCUUGACUUGUUUCCUUCUGUCAGACCUAGUUUGGAAGACCUGGUCCGCAUCAUUGCUCCUCUUAAGAGAAGAGAAUACUCCAUCGCGUCCUCACAAAAAGUUCACCCAAAUGAAGUCCAUUUGUUGAUUGUCGUAGUUGAUUGGGUUGAUAACAAGGGCCGUAAGCGGUUCGGACAAGCUUCCAAAUACAUUUCUGAGCUCGCUGUUGGAACCGAACUUGUGGUCAGUGUCAAACCAUCGGUCAUGAAGUUGCCACCAUCGCCAGAGCAGCCCGUAAUCAUGAGCGGUUUAGGAACUGGUCUUGCUCCUUUCAAGGCAAUCGUGGAGGAGAAGUAUUGGCAGCAGCAACAAGGCCAGAAAAUUGGUAAAGUGUUCCUCUUUUUGGGAUCGAGACAUAGAAGAGAAGAGUAUCUGUAUGGUGAGUUGUGGGAAGCAUACAAGGAUGCUGGCAUUAUCACCCAUAUCGGUGCUGCCUUCUCGAGAGAUCAACCACACAAGAUUUACAUUCAGGACAGAAUUCGUGAAAGCCUAGCAGAAUUGAAGGUCGCUAUGGCUGAUGAAAAGGGGUCCUUCUACUUGUGUGGCCCUACAUGGCCUGUUCCGGAUAUCACACAAGCCCUUCAAGCUAUCAUCAAAGCUGAUGCUGAAGAAAGAGGUGAAAAAGUUAAUCUCGAUGAAGCUAUUGAAGAAUUGAAAGAUACAUCCCGCUACAUCCUGGAAGUGUACUGA